AUGGAUCUCCUCUCCUCAAUCCGCAAAUCCGGGUCUCGCGGUGGUGUCAACUUUUCUUGGGACGAUGUCAGCACCUCGCAGCACCGCGAGAACUACCUGGGCCACUCGCUCAUGGCCCCCGUCGGACGAUGGCAGAAAGGCCGUGACUUAGGAUGGUAUGCGAAAGGCGAUGACGAGAAAGGCGAAGAUGGCGAGACAGCGGAGGAGAAGAAGGCUAGGGAGAGGAAAGAGGAGAUUAGAAAAAUCAAGGAGGCAGAGGAAGAUGCGCUCGCUAGAGCGUUAGGUCUACCGGUUGCGGAUAGAGGGGAUGCCACGGGCGCGAAUAGUAUUAGCGUUGGCGAAGUGAACAGAAUGGUCAAGGAGGCCGGGGUGGGCGAUGAGGAUGAGGUUGAUGAUAUAGGGAAGGGAAAGGGAUUUGGAGAAUUUGUAGGGAAAACACAGGGUGACGAGACUGCGGACUUGGAUGCCGCCGAGCCAGAACGUGGAGCCGAAGUCGUAGCAGGGAGCGGAGACACAGGCGACAUCGAAAUCGAUCAGGGAGUCGAGAGAGACAUAGGAGGCGGCCUAGAAGUGGUGAGAGACAUCGCCAUAAGUCUAGACGGGAGGAAUAUUUGGGCCGGAGUGGCGGGAGGCCAGAACGUGGAUACAGGAGCAGAAGCCCCGAUAGGCACAGACGCCGUCCAGAUCGAGAGGAGGGACGAAGACAUCCGGAACAUAAGUCUCGAAGGAGUCGGUCCCCUGACGAUGCGAGGGGCCAUGAUCGUGGACGAGAAAGAGAUUUUGAGAGGCGCCGAUGAAGCAACCCGGACCAACGUCGUCUACAUACUAUGCGACAGCAACUAA